AUGCCAGCAAAGGAACUGGAUAGUCCUUGUAUGGACUGCAAGGACACAGAAUCUGUGCUCACGGUGCGACGGAGGCAGCUAUGCGGGGCUUGUUUUAAACGUUUUGUCUCCUACAAGGUCUUUCGGCGGAUGGAGAAGUAUAAACCACCUCGCAACCCGCAAGAUCCCCGCCACCAGCUGCUUCUGCCUCUGUCCUUUGGUGUCUCCUCAUCAGUCCUAUUGCGCAUGCUGGAUGCCGAACUCGAGCGCCAACGAUCUAAAAAUUUUGCCCGAAAUACCUUUGACCUGCAUGUUCUUGUUAUCGAACCCUCCACGAUGGCGGGCUCGAGUGUUCCUUACGACCGGAACUAUGAAGCCGUCCAAAAGAUCUUCCCUCAGCACACGUACAGCCAAGUGCCAUUCCACAGUAUUUUUGAAUAUGUGCCGGAUAUGAACGAAAUCAUGCGGGAAUAUACAGGGCCACAGUUCACAGAUGACAGCUCUCGGUCGAAUGCUGAGCGCCUGGCGGCUUUUCGCGCUGCAAUCUCCACAGCGACUUCUGCAACCGACGUUGACUCGGUCUUGUUGACCCGGCUCGUCGCUGCAUUCGCCAAGCAAUCUGGAUGUGAGACAGUUCUAUGGGGCGACUCUGACAGCCGACUGGCCGCGAAGGCGCUUGCUGGGGUUGCCAAGGGACGUGGCGCCUCGCUCACUUGGCGAGUGUCGGACGGCGUGUCCCCCUGGGGCUUACAAUUCGAUUUCCCACUCCGAGACCUGUACAAGGCCGAACUUAUUCAAUAUGAAAGCGUUUGUCCUGAGCUGGCAGAGAUCAUUAUCCCCGACGAGCCACCAUCAGAUAAUGUUCUGACCAAGAACCUAUCCAUUGACGAGCUGAUGAUGCGGUACGUUGAGACCCAGGGAGCAAAAUAUCCCGGGGUCAUGGCGAACGUGGCCAGAACAGUCAAUAAGUUGGAGACUUCAAACUCUGGUAAUGCAUCGUGCGGUCUCUGUGGAGGUCUGGUGGGGAAUGUCAAGAGAAACUCUGGAGUGACAGUCUCCAGUCAAGCAGAAAGCUCGGGCUCCCCAUUCUGCUAUGGGUGUAUGAGAUCUCGUCCUGAAAUCAAUUGCUAA